GUUGUUAUGAAGCUCAAUAAAUACAAGAUCUAAGUGCAGAGGGUUCAUUGUUACAGCUGAUUUUGAAAGAUUGACUGCAUUUUAUUGUUGUGAUAUUUUUUAAGGACUUAAUGGCGCACAAAAUGAUCUGCCUUAUUUUAGGUAUUGCUGUAGCAUGCCAUGCGUACCCGUCAACGAUCUAUGGAAACGAAUUUGACUUCAACCAGAAAAACUUUGGACCAAAUUCCAACAACCCAUGGCAAAAUCAAGGUUAUGGUCCAAUCCAUGGUGGUUUCGGGCAAAACCAUGGCAGUUUUGGACAAAACCAUGGCAGUUUUGGACAAAACCAGGGUAAUAUUGGUCAAAACCAAGGUAUUUUCGGACAUGGAUAUUACGGCAGCUUUGGUCAACCCCCUUUUGGGCCGAACCCUGUCGAUUUUGGACACCAUGGAUAUUUCAAUCCAAACUUUGGUAACAUCGGACAAAACCCUAACUUUCCCGCAAAAAAUCGAAACAUUGAUGAUCAAUUUCGACAAACUGAAAACUCGUUUCAAUCUGUAACCGAUGAGCGUGUUAUGACUCAGAAUGAACACAAUAAUGGAAUUGGAAUGGAUUUGCAAGGCCAAGGAAGUCAUGUUCAGAAAAACUUUGGACCGAAUUCCAACAACCCAUGGCAAAAUCAAGGUUAUGGUCCAAUCCAUGGUGGUUUCGGGCAAAACCAUGGUGGUUUCGGGCAAAACCAUGGCAGUUUUGGACAAAACCAGGGUAAUUUUGGUCAAACCCAGGGUAAUAUUGGUCAAAACCAAGGUACUUUCGGACAUGGAUAUUACGGCAAGCUCGGUCCCUCUUUUGGGCCGAACCCUAGCGAUUUUGGACACCAUGGAUAUUUCAAUCCAAACUUUGAUUACAUCGGACAAAACCCUAACUUUCCCGUAAAAAAUCGGAACAUUGAUGAUCAAUUUCGACAAACUGAAAACACAUUUCAAUCUGUAACCGAUGAGCAUGUUAUGAGUCAGAAUGAACACAAUAAUGGAAUUCAAGGAGAUCAAGGUCAAGGUCAAGGAGAUCAUGGUCAAUAUUUCCCACUAGUACCCAAUCAAGAAGGAAGUCAAAUUAAUUUUGCUGAAACUGAAUUUACAAACCAAGAUGCUUUACACCAAGAUAACUUUGGAGAAAAUGUGUUUGGACAAGGGCCUUGGCAAACAGAAAAUGGAUUUGGCCAAGGGCCUUGGCAGUGGCAAAAUGGAUUUGGACAGGGCCCUUGGCAGUGGCAAAAUGGUUUUGAAAAGGGCUCUUGGCACUUGCAAAACGGAUUCGGGCAUGCCUCCUGGUAUUGGCAACAUGGCUUUGGUCACGGACCCUGGCAUGGACAAAAUUACUUUUACCAAGAAACUCAAAACGACCUUGGGCAAACUGGUUUCCCUAACGCGCCGAAACCUGAUGAGCCAAGUGGAGAUAUAGGUGCUGUUCCCUAUGAAGAACUUGAAUCAACUUCUGAACAAACAUAUCUACAGGAAGUAAAAUAAACAAAUAACAACGUCAAAUAACGUGUACUAUGUACUUACAUCUUUUAAUAAAAAUUUAUGUAAUUGUAAUAAAAGCUUAUUAACGUUUAAA